UCUUUACGAUCCACCCGCUACUUCUCUAAAAUUUUCUGAUUAUCCUUUGCAUCAACAUUUAAGCAAUGGUAAGCUAUUACGUCUAUAGGGUUUUAAAUGCUCUGUCUUUCGGCAAAACCAUCAUCCGUUAAUAUUAUGCCGCUUUUGAGAUAAAAUAUGAAGAAACUAAGUAUGUCAGUAGACUCGUCAUGUCGAAAACCCCCCCAGUGCCCAGAAGAUUUUGAAAUCUGCUGUAUGGCUGAUAUUCAGGAGAAAACCAUGCAUCUCGUCUAUUUAUAUUUCUCGUCUAUUAAUAUUGAGUGAUUUCUGAGAUUACUUGUAAAGUAUAUUUAUUAGCAUUUUUACUUUACGAUGGUGUAUGUAUACUAGUUUCAUGCACUGUGAAUAGUUUUAUCACAUCUUUUUGUGCUAGCACAGAUGAGCUCAUCUGUUACUGAGUUUUUUAAUCUUCUUUCAACUGAUUUUAGAUUUUUCUUUCACAAAAUGUUUUCUCUGUUUUUAGUGAUUGGAUGAAAGCAAUUGUAUCGACUCUACCGCCUCCACCUCAACAACCACCACAACAACAACAAGGAAAUAUGCCUCGUCCCUCAGCGCCACCACCCAGUGGACCACCACCAGCUUAUCCAGUUCAGCAGUAUCCUCAACAACAGCCAUAUUCUCAACAACAGCAGGCGCUAUAUCCAAAUCUAAAUCAACAACCACAAUAUCGUCCGCAACAACCACAAUAUCGUCCACAACAACCAAAUUAUCAAUACUCAGCUCAACCAGCGGGGGGAGUAACCGCUCAACCAAACUACCAUACAACAGUUGUCGUUCAACCAGCUUCAGGUGGAGGUGGAGGUGGAGGUUAUAGUCGAGGCGGUGGUGGAAUGGGAACAUUAGGUGGAGUUGGUUUAGGACUUGCUGGUGGUGCACUUCUAGGAGGAGCACUAGGAUAUGCAUGGGGAAAUUCAUGGGGAAUGGGAUCUGGUUGGGGUCACGGCGGUGGUUAUGGGUAUGGCGGUGGCUGGGGUGGCGGCGGUUAUGGAGGCUGGGGUGGUGGAAACUACUCAGACAACGAUACGACGAAUAUUAUCAACAACUAUUACGAUAACGAUACGACAACCAAUAAUUCUACCUCAAAUGUGGAUAACCAAUACAGUGAUACUUCGAAUUAUAAUGACUAUCAAAAUCAAAACAAUGAUACGUCGAAUACUGAUUAUGGAAAUAAUACGAAUACUGAUUACGGUGGUACCGGCGAUUAUGGCGGUACUGGCGAUUAUGGCGGAAGUUCAGAUACGGGUGGUGGAUUUGAUACUGGUGACUAUGGGGGUGGUGAUUAUGGUGGGGGUGAUUAUGGCGGCGGGGAUUAUGGUGGAGGCGAUUUUGGUGGUGGUGAUAUGGGUGGCGGUGAUUUCGGCGGUGGUGGAGACUUCGGUGGGGGUGACUGGUGA